CUCCACUGGCUCCUUCUCUCCUAACUCCUCACUUCAUAGUGCUGCGUACUAAAAACAUCGGACGCUAGGGGAUCAAGACGCAUGCCACAUUGCCUCUAUGUGGGCACUUUAACAGAUCUUUCGGGGUUUUUUUCCCAGUAAGGGGGCUGCGGAGGGAGGACUUUUUUAUUUUCAUUGUCUGAUGACUGUUUGCACGGCUGAUUAUUGAGUUGAUUGUUUAUUAUUUUGGCUGCUGCUGCCCGCCGCCCUGCGCGUUUUUUCCUCCCUCUUUUGGAAUCGGCGACCUAUAGCUACCGCGCUCACCAAUGUCCUAUCCUCAGGGUUACCUCUACCAGCCCCCGGGCUCUCUGGCUCUUUAUUCGUGUCCGGCUUACGGGGCCUCGGCUCUGGCUGCCCCGCGGAAUGAAGACUUGGCGAGGUCGUCCUCUGGCUCAGCCUUCAGCCCUUACCCUGGAUCGGCUGCUUUCUCCGCCUCGGCCGGUGCAGGCUUCUCCAGUCCGCUGUCAUACUCCACGGAUCCGACUACGGGAUUCCCAUCCUACAUGAGCUCUCCAUAUGACGCACACACGACGGGCAUGGCGGGGGCAUUAAGUUACCACCCAUACGGGAGCCCAGGGUACCCCUACCAACUCAACGACCCGGCUUACCGCAAAAACGCCACCAGGGACGCCACGGCCACCCUGAAGGCCUGGCUGCAGGAGCACAGGAAGAACCCGUACCCGACGAAAGGGGAAAAGAUCAUGCUGGCUAUUAUCACCAAGAUGACCCUGACGCAGGUCUCCACAUGGUUCGCCAACGCCAGGCGGAGGCUCAAGAAGGAGAACAAGAUGACCUGGGCGCCCAGGAAUAAGAGCGAAGACGAGGACGAGGAGGACGGGGACGGGGAGAGGAAGGAGGUGGAGCGCUCUGAGAAAACCCUGGAUAACAGCGAGGCUUCAGCGGAGGAUGAAGGUAUCAGCUUGCACGUCGACACUCUGACGGACCACUCCUGCUCCGCCGAGUCUGACGGGGAGAAGGUCAGCUGUCGCGUGGGCGAGCUGGGCUCCGACCGAGCCGGCGACAAAUGCGACGAGGACGGCGAGGACCAGAGCCACGACCCGCGGGUUCAGCUCUCGCCCAAGCCCGUCACGUCGUCGCCCCUAACGGGAGUAGAAGCGCCGAUCCUCGGCCACCACCAACACCAUCUCCACCACCACCACCACCACCACCACCUCCAACACCUCCACCACCUCCACAGCCAGCGCGAGGAUUUGGCCCGGAGCCUCGUCAACAACAACAACAUCAACAGCAACAACGUGAACACCGGUAAAUCGUCCUCAUGCCUUGACGCGAGACCCUCCUCGGGGGCUCCUCAGAACCCUACGGUCAAGCCCAAGUUGUGGUCGCUGGCGGAGAUUGCUACCUCGGACCAAAAGCAGCAACAUCAGCAGCAACAGCAACCGGGGCAGCCCGGGCAACCGAAUUGCCCCUCCUCCAGCGGUGGCCUCCUCACUCCCCCCACGCCUUCUUCUACCACCUCCCCGACUGCCACCUCCCCCUCCCUCUACCCGGCCCCCUCCAUCCUUGGAAGACCUAUUUAUUACACUUCUCCCUUUUAUAGCAAUUACACAAACUAUGGCAACUUCAGCCCCCUGCAGGGCCAAGGGAUCCUGCGGUAUACUAAUUCAUCUGGAGUGAGUCUGGCUGCAGCAGCCGCCGCCGCCGCCGCCGCUGCUGCUGCUGCAAACGAGGGUCUCAGCUCCUCACACCAGGCUCUGGAGGCGAGCACAAACCCCAAACACAGGCCAGACUCUCCCCUUGUUAAAAAUAACCCAAACCAGAUUGUUGUUGUCGAGCAGCAGCAGCAACAGCAGCAGCAGCAGCAUUUCAGACCCGCAAAUUUAGAAGCAAAGAAAGGUACGUAAUAACAUGACGCGGUAGCCUCCACUAUUACCAAAACGAUAACCAUUUUGAAAACUUAUUUAAUCUAGUGUUGAAUCUUGAGAUUGUAUUUUUCUUAAACACCGAGAGGGAAAUCUCUUCAUGGUGGAAGUAAAAUGAGUUCACUUGUUUCCAAUGCAAAUCAACUGGUCUUUCUUUGUAUCACUUUCAUGUGUCAUUGUCGUGACACCAUGUGGGCUGAUUGGGCUGUACUUUUUUUUUCUCUCUCUUUCUCUCUCUGUCUUUGUCCCAAGAAAAUUAAGACUCUUUCAAGCAGCCUUGCGUGAGAAACAAGUGGCAUCAUCUGACACUAUUUGCAGAUUUUCACUUGCUUUAAGAUAAAUGCGAUUUUAGGACUGAAUAUGAGACUAAAUGACUUAUUAAGAUGGACGAUUUUACAGCGCCGUCUCAGCAAAUGAACGUGUACUAUGGCCUAUAAAUCGUUUUCAGUGCGGUUAAUUUACUGGAAUAAUCAAUUUAUAAUUGUUCUCCAUUUUUAAAAACUAUAUACAUAUAUUUUUGGUCUUUUUGAAUCUCAUAGAAUCGCUAAGUAUGAGGCCACGAGGUUUUCAUUUGCAAC